AGCAGCGCCAAUCAGCAUAUGGCAAGACAUCUUACAUGUUGUUGGAUGCGCUACUCAACGUCAUUCUCGCUUAGUGUCGAAGUGUUGCUUGAUAAUAGCGCAACAUUGGACAUCCUCGACGGCCUAGGACGAUACUUUCCACCAUCACAGGAGGUUUCCCCUUCAUGACAUUAUUAAGCUCCCGCCUUUGACCAACUAUCUGGGAAAGAGGUCAUCGCCGAUCAUUGUUCGCCGACAUGUCUAUUGAGCGUGCCUUGAACUUAACCAGCAUCGCGGAGACGCAAUCUCUCUACGACGACUGGGCCGAAACUUACAAUCGCGACCUGCUAGGCGCAGACCAGGAGUACGUCGCACCACUCCUUGCCAGCGAGCAUGUGGUCAAGUAUGUCGGCCCGUCUGCCAUUGGGAAGUCGAAAAUCCUAGACGCUGGGUGCGGAACAGGCCUUGUCGGAGUCAAUCUCGCGAAGCUCGGAGCCACGCAGAUAGACGGCAUAGACCUCAGCCAAGGGAUGAUGAAGGUGGCUGAGAGAUCUGGUGCAUACCAGUCAUUGAGCACGACAGACCUGUCCAAGUCUUUGACGCAGGCCUCUGACUACUAUGAUGUUGUCGUCUGCGUCGGUACGAUGACUGAGGGCCAUGUGGGACCCGGAGCUUUUGACGAGUUUGUGAGGAUCGUCCGCCCUGGCGGGUUCGUUGUCGCAACGGUGUACGAGACUGUAUGGGAGAAGAAAGGCUACAAGGAAAAGGUGAUUUCACUUGACAAGCUUGAAAAAGUCAAACUCUUGAGCGACCAGUUGGAAGACUAUAGACGUGGAGCGCGUGCGGUCAUGGUUACUCUCCAAGUAAAGUGACGAAUGUCAAGUGAUAGUUAGCAGAUGUUCGCCAAAGACCUUUGAAAAAGUACCUCAGAGGAGGUUACGGCUAUGCGGAAUCGGCAGUUAUCGUUGCUAAGGAACAUUUCAGUCAGAUAGGUCUUCAUUCCAU